AUGGCGGUGGGGGGAUGGGUGGCAGCGUGGCCGCGAGAAGGGCAUGCUUGUGCAGCGGUGGCCGGCCUUGUCGUUGCCCUGCUGCUGCUGUUUGUCCCGCAAGUCGUCGUGCCCAAACCAGUUGUCUGUGAGACCAAUGUGAAGUUGUUAACUUUGAAUGUGACGGACACUCCAAUUGACCGGAUCUUUGUAGAUUCGCUUGAAGCUGGACUAGAGGCGGCACUCUGGUGGCGCAAUUUCACUGUUGCUGACGGUGUUCAUGUAGAGAUUGUCAGGAAGGUCAC